GAUUUAUGUCAAAUUUAUUAAUUUAUAGAAAUUAUUAAUUUAUCGAAUAUUAAUUUAUAGAAGUUCUACUGUAAUAUAUACAUUUCAAGACUAGGAUAAAUAAUUCUUCUGUCUUUCUCAUGAGCAGACUAAUUAGCAUAUCUGAUUGACUUUUUUUUUAUCAUAUUUAAAAUAUGAAUGGAUCUUAGUGUUGCUUUUUGAGAUAAAACGUAGUAUUGAUUUUUCUACUUUUUGAAACAGUGUAAUUUUAGCUUAAUUUUGAGAAAAGUACUAAUACUUUAAAACGGCAAACACAACAAAACAAAUCUUGAAAUAAAGAAUCAAUGAGUUACAUACUAAAUUGUGUAUUUUCAAAAACAAAUAAUGUUUCAUGCAACAUAUAUAUACAUAAGAUGGUUUGAUUGUAUGAAAAAGCGAGGAUAGAUAAGAAACGCACACGUUAUAAUACCCAAGAAAGAUUCCAAUGGAAUCACAACCAAGGAAUGAAGAUGACGAGAUGUGGAGGAGGUGGUGAGUGGUUUAAAUUAUGCUUUACUUACUAAUUGUGAUGUAAAUUAUGAUGUUAAAUCAAGAGAGAGUCAAAGAGAGUCGAUGUGGUUGUCAAUGGUUGGCUAGUGCCAUGACUAAACCAGAUAUCUUAAUCCCAAUUUGUGUCUAUUUUUAAGAGUCCCUUGGAUCUCCAUAUCUUUUUGGACGGCGGGACACCUAAUUAGCAUCUCCAUCUAUUUUAUUUUCCAUUUAAUUAUGUUUUUUCUCGAAAAUUUAUUACUUAAUGAUCAUUAAUGUAAUAUUACUCCUGUCUCACGAUAUAAAAUAUUUAUGUUUUUUAUUUAUAAAGGUACUUUACUUUUUGUGAAAAAAUAAAAUUAUUGGAUUCUUGGAACUAUUUAUAUUCUACAGUAUUUUGUGAUUGGUUAAAUUGUUUUCUAGUAAAUAUUGAAUAAUAUUUCCAAAAAAACAAAAAAAAAAUAUUUAGAGUACUAUAUUUUUCUUAGACUUUGCAUUUUUAGCAAAACAUUUUUAGCAUAAAAAGUACUACUACGUAAUUAAAAAAAAAACUCAUCAUAGGUAGCACGAAUUGAAUAAUAGAAUUUGCUUGAAUCAAUAGAAAGUUAAAAACUGAUAUGAAAUAAUUCGAUAUUCAUAUCAGAGCAUUACAAGUAAUAGAUACGUAACGCGGGAGACAACAAACGAGGCGGGGAUCGUGCUAAAAUCUUCGUCGAGUCCACAAAUCAAUACUUGGAUAGCUAGAUCAUAGUUUACAUAAUAAUCAUAAAAAAUAACCCACAAGGCAUAAUUAAUUAGUUUGUUCCCUGUCAGUUGUUAAUCAAAGAAUAAUCAGCAAAGCGCCGUCCAAUUUCAUUUUAUAUUGCUUAAUGUUAUACACUAAAGUAAAUAAAUGUAUAAACGUACAUACAUGAAUUAUUAAAUGCAUUUAGCCGUUUAAAAAAUAAAAUGUCACAGUACUUGGAUAAUUAAAGUGUAUAAUCUAACGAAGGUCGACGCUGUUACAACUUUAUCCAUGUUAGAGAAUACUUAAAAUUGAUCCAUAAUAAUAGGUAGAUUUGGAAUAAACAUAGAGCUAAAUGUGAUUUAGAACUUAGAAGGAAUAACCAUUUGUGUGUUAUACCAUGAAACACCACGUAACACAAGAACCGUGACACAUUAGAUGCCAUCGUACCUUCAGUUUUCUCUGGUUCCAAAGCGCAAUCAUUGAAUGCCUUUUAAAUUUUGUUUGGUCUUUGAGAAUUCGGAGUAGCUAAAGCUAAGCUAAAAUACAAGAAAGCCAUCAUCAUCCUCUUCCGUGUUUGUGAAGCCUGCGUGUGUGUGUUUGUGAGCACAUAUCAUUUAACUAUUAUAUGGAAUUUGAACAUAUAAGCUAAAAUUCUGAUUAGAUAAUUUUGAAAUUUUAGUCUUGUCGUUAGUGAAUAAACAUUUGUUAUAUGUAAUGUGUUGGUUGUUUAUCCUUUAGGGUUGAGAUUUUUGAUAAUAAUUUAUAUAAGAAGAAACAUAUGGGUGUUACCAUGAAAUACCACGUAACACAAGAACCGUGACACAUUAGAUGUCAUCAUAUACUUUCAGUUUGUUCUUUUCGUGGUUCAAAACUCAAAUCAUUGAAGGGCCUUAAAGUUUGUUUGGUGUUUGAGAAUACGGAGUAGCCAAAGGUAAGCUAAGAUACAAGAGAGUCAUUCAUCAUCAUCAUCCUUCUCUUCCGUGUAAAUUGAGUUCAACCAGGAACCGCUUUUGACUUUCUUCCUACCAAUUUCAUAAAAUCGGAAAAAAAUUCGGGAUGGGGGAGAAAAUGAAAAUACAAAAUUAUGUUGGCAUAUUUUGUAAUAAAAUGAAAGUAUGUGGGGGUGAGUAGUAUGAAGACAGAAAAGAAGAGAAGGACUGAUGUUGAUAGGGUUAAACUCUUAAACAAAAAGCAAAGAGGGAAGGAAGGGUCCCGCAACACGUGGCCUGUGUCAUUAUUCAUCCCUCUCUCUCUUCAUCUCCUCCAUAUAAAGAAGAGAGCAGAUUAAAAAAAAAAAAAAGCAAAUCGUUCAAUAUCGAAUUCUCCAGCAACAGCAGCAAACACUCUCUCUCAAAAAUCUUGAAGAAGAUGGGGUUACAAGGUCAACUCUCUGACGUUUCAUCAGAUUCAAUCCCUCUGAUGCUCGUCGCUCUCCUCGCUACUUUGUUCAAACACGUCCGCUCUUUCUUCCUCCGCUUCUCCUCCUCUUUCUCCGCCGUCGAAGAAGUCGCUUCUCCCUCCGUUUCCUCAGGACUCGCGGACCUCGCCGUACUCGCCGACCAGCUCAAACUCAACCGAAUCUUCUCAUACCCCUACGCCGACACCGCCGCCGCAUCCGAUUGCAUCGUGUGUUUGUCUACACUUAAGUCCGGAGAAGAAGUGAGGAAGCUGGGUUGCAGACACGUGUUCCACAAACAGUGUUUGGAAGGUUGGCUCCAGCAUCUCAAUUUCAAAUGUCCGCUUUGUAGAUCUCCGUUGCUUGGUCGUGGAGGAGGAUGUGAAUCGGUCUCUCUUCUCUCGGAAGAAGCCACUGCAUCUCAGUGAGUUCUUCAUUGUCUGAUGAACAGAGGGAAAGAGAGAAGAAGAGUUUGGGCGUUUUUUUUAAUCUCGCGGCUUUCUCCUCUUUCUUUGUUUUAGGGAUUUGGGUGGUGCUUAUUAUUAUUUUAUUCAAAAGGGGAUUCUUCGAAAUUCUCAUAUAUAUAUAUAUGUAUAUUUUUUUUUUUGAGAAAUCUCUCAGAUCAGAUCGGAGAGGUUCUUUUGUUAUUCAAAUUUUCGCACAUGUAAAUUUUUUUAGUAUGAAGUGUUUUUGUGUUGUUCAGAAAAUUAGCAAUCGAAAGCUUGCAAUACGCAUGGAUUUUGCAUA